GGGCAGAUUGACAGUGACUGGUUUGUGUUUUUGUUUUGCAGAUGUUGUAGAGUUUUCCAAUGGAAAGGCUGGUGUUUCUGAUAACCUUUUCUUCCUUGCUGUCGAAUACACAGCAAGCACCAUCGUUUCUCAUUACUGCCCCAAAUGUGGUGCAUUUGGGAACACGUGAGACAGUAACUGUGCAAGUCCAUGGAGCACAAAACCCUCUGCAAGUUACUGCAUACUUCAAAGAUGAGACCAAAAAUAAGCUCCUAUCAGAGAAGACUGUCUUUAACCUUAACCAAAAUAACAACUACCAAGAGAUGAAAGAACUAAUGGUCAAGCCACAGCAUCAGGAUCUGUUCAAGAAGGGUGAACAGCCAUAUGUUCUUCUGGUCACUGAAAGCAGGGACCUUUAUAAGGAGACUGUUCAAAGCAUGCGCAUCCCUCUGUCUUCCAAGAAAGGCUACAUUUUCAUCCAGACAGAUAAGCCUAUCUAUACACCAAGUUCCAAAGUAAGAUACAGGAUCUUCAUUCUGGACAAUGCCAUGAGGCCAGCAGAUGAGACAGUCACAAUUGCUGUGCUAAAUUCAAAAGGAUUGGUGGUUAAAAAGUCAGACAGGAAAAUAAAAACUGUGUUCAGUGAAAACUUUGAAAUACCUGACAUUGCUGAGCCUGGAACUUGGAAAAUCAAAGCCUGGUUUCAUCAUUAUGGAAUGUCUAAUGUUUCUGCUGAAUUUGAAGUUAAAAAUUAUGAACUUCCAUCUUUUGAAGUCAAACUCACCCCACUUCAGCCGUACUACCACAUCUGGAAUGAAAACUUUGUGUUUGAUAUCGAGGCAAAACACUUUUAUGGGAAAGGGAUUCAAGGGGUUGCAUAUGUGAGAUUUGGCAUAAUUGAUGAAAAUGAGAAAAAAGUAUUUCUUCCAGGCCUGGAACAACAGAUAUCAAUUCAAAAUGGAAAAGGAAGAGUUACUUUAAAUACAACACUUCUGGAAGAGAAAUCAAAAAAGAGCAUUUUUACUCUGGAAGGCUUUCAUUUAUAUGUUGCUGUUACCACUGUAGAAACUGCAAGUGGUGAGAUGAGGGAAGAGGAACUCAGCAAUGUGAAGUUUGUGAAAUCUCCUUAUGCUGUUGAUCUGUCUAACACCAAGAAGUAUUUUGUGCCUGGAGCCCCCUUCACUGUUAUGGCAAGUGUCACUUUGACUGAUGGGGCUCCUGCUACCUUUAUAGCUGUCACUGCUACAGUCACCAUGCCUGGAAAACCUCCAAUGAAGAAGACUGCACUCUCUAAUAAAAAGGGCUUAGUUCCCUUUACAUUUGACAUUCCUGGAGAUGCUCAGAAUCUUCAAAUAGUGGUAAAGGCUAGAGAGGGUAAAGAAAAAUUAGAAUCACCUGAAACAAGUAUCAGAGCUGAAAGAUACCAGUCUGCUUCCCCGAGUUACCUUAGCAUCAGCAUCCCCCACACUGUUGUGGCACCUGGAGAUACCUUAAGCAUCACUUUGAAUGAUAUUCACCAGUCUGGCAGUGGAAAGAUUGACUAUUUCUAUUAUAUGGUUGUGACGAGGGGACAAACUGAGCUUUUGGGAAGGGUUCCCUCCUCAAAUAAAGUCAUAAACCUCAGAAUCACCCACAAGAUGGUGCCUGCCUUUCGGUUUUUAGCUUACUACUUCAUUGCAAAUGAGGGCCGGGAAGAGAUUGUUGCUGAUUCUGCAUGGAUAGAUGUCAUGGAUGUCUGUGAAGGAGAGAUUAAAGUGAGAACAGAACAAGAGAUAUACGAACCAACAGAGAACAUCAAUUUAAUGAUUGAAACAGACCAUGCAGGAACAGUUGCCUUAGCUGUGGUUGAUAAAGCAGUUUCUACUCUGAACAAGAAAAAUAAACUUACAGACAAAAAAGUAUUUAGUGCUAUGAAUUCAUAUGAUCUCGGGUGUUCUGCAGGUGGUGGUGCAGAUAAUGUUCAAGUUUUUACUGAUGUUGGUCUGGCCUUCUUAUCAAAUACAAUUAAGUCAAAUAUUCAGGAAGGCUAUAAAUGCCACCAGGGUACCGGAAGGCAGAAGAGAUCUUUGGAUUUUCAGAAGGAAAUGUCAGGAAUUGCCAGUACAUACCUAAACACUGAUCUGCAGAAAUGCUGUGAAGAUGGAAUGAAAUUGAAUCCCAUGAGGUUUUCUUGUCUGAAAAGGCUGACAAAGGUGGCCAGGUCCUCCGAAUGCCGGAAAGCCUUCCAAGAGUGCUGUGAGAAAGCCACUGCCCUCAGGAAGAAAGCCAAGAGGAUCAGAGUGGGCUUGGCACGAUACUAUGACGACCACGAAGAAUGGUUUGAUGAAAGCUCUGUCAGCUUGCGUAGUUAUUUUCCUGAGAGCUGGUGGUGGAACCUUGAAGAAGUGGAAAACCCUGGAAAUCAUAGUGUAGGAAAUGUUGUUCCUGACUCUAUAACUACCUGGGAAGUUCAGGCAAUCAGCAUAUCUCCCCAAAAAGGAUUUUGCAUAGCUGAGCCUCACACUUUUGCAGUUUUUAAAGACUUUUUUGUAUCCAUGAGAUUACCAUUCUCAGUCAAACGACAUGAACAACUAGAAAUAAAAGCAGUGAUUUACAACUAUAAGCCCAUGGCUCUCAAGGUUAGAGUGAAGAUGGAUGCAGCAGAGGGGCUGUGCACUGCAGAGGUGAAGGAGAAGGCUGUGCAGCUGGAGCUGAUGGCUGAGAGGAACUCUGCAACAGCAGCCUACUUCUCCGUGGUCCCUCUGACAGUGGGAGAAAUCCCAAUUACAAUUACUGCUUUUGACAUGAUUUCUGGGGACAGUGACAGCAUCAGGAAGAGCCUCAAUGUUGUGGCUGAAGGUGUUUUACAGAGAGAAGAAAAGACCAUUUGCAUUAACAGUGACUUAAAGUCCCACACACUCGACCUAAGCAGACCAUCUGAUAUGGUACCGGGUUCUGAUAGCCACGUGUUUGUUAGCCUGCAAGGGAAUAUUAUGGAUGAGUCUGUCGAAAACUGUCUUAGUCUCACUGGAGUUGAGAAACUCAUUAAAGUGCCCACAGGCUGUGCAGAGCAAACAAUGGUGAAAAUGGCCCCUACAGUCUAUGCUUUUGAGUACCUGGAUGCCAGCAAGCAGUGGGAGGACUUGAAACCUGAACAGAAGGAAGAAGCCAUUCAGAUGAUUGAAAAAGGUUAUACCAGACUGCUUGAGUUUCAGAAGGUGGAUGGCUCCUAUGGAGCAUUUAAAAGCACCCCCAGUAGUGUAUGGUUAACUGCAUUCAUUGUUAAAGUGCUCAUAAGGUGCAGAGAAUACAUUAGUAUCCAAGACAGUCACAUACAGAACUCAAUUUCCUACUUGAUUAAGCAACAGCAGGAAGAUGAUUCAUUCCAUGAUCAUCACCCAGUAUUGGACAGGACUAUGCAGGGUGGCAUUAGGUCAGCAGAAGAGGAUUUGGCUUUGACAGCCUUUGUAACUAUAGCAUUGCAACAGGCUCUCCAGGUCUACGAUUCACCUGAUGUGGUACAGGUGAUUAGCAAAGCAGUGGGUUACAUGAGAAACCAACUUCCAAGGAGUACUAAUUGCUAUUCUACAGCCAUCACUGCUUAUGCUCUGACACUUGUGAAAUCUGAUAGUGAAGAAGCUCGGUCUGCUAAAGAAAAAUUAAGGGGCUGUUCUGCUUUUGAUGCAGAAAAGCAGCAGCGUUACUGGGGAAAUGGCAACGAUGCAGUCUCAGUGGAAACCACUGCCUAUGCACUGCUUCAAACACUGCUCCUGGAAGACCUGGAGUAUGCAAGGCCUAUUGCUACGUGGCUGACAGAAAGAAGGAAUUAUGGUGGAGGAUACUGUUCUACACAGGACACAGUGGUGGCCCUAGAAGCUCUGUCAGCAUACAGCAUAGAGACACUGAACACUGCAUCCACCAACCUGACUGUGAAUCUGGGAACACCUGGGAGACAAAAAGACUACAGUAUUACUCUGACUGAUGCCGAGGACAUGAUUCACAAGAAGCUAGAGUUUGAACUUGGGAGGAAACUUGAAGUGUCUGUACAUGGCAGAGGAAAUGGGACAAUGAGUGUAUUAAAAGUGUACUGGUCUUCUGAGCUGAAGAACAACUCAUGUAAUGAUGUGAUUUUGACAGUGGAAGUGGAAGGAAGAGUUAAGUAUGAUGAACCUGAAUACUCUUAUGAAAGCUAUGAUUAUUUCGAAGACUCAGUUGCUGCAGAAAACAGCAUGUUUGAGCCACUGUCUCAAAUCGAGUGGUUUGAUAUCCACAGCAGAAGGAAAAGGGAUGUGGUCUCUCCCAGUAAAGCAGGACCACUGCAGUACAAAGUCUGUGUCAGGUCCAUGGGUUCCAAUGCACCAAAGAUGUCCUUGGUUGAUCUCACUCUGCUGAGUGGCCUGGAGCCUGACAGGAAGGAUCUUGAGCAGCUGGUGAUGUCUUCAGACCAGUACAUCCAGCACUAUGAGUACAAAAAAGGAAGGGUUUUGCUCUACUUUGGUGAGCUCACAACUGGGCCAGACCCAGACUGUAUAUCUUUUGGUGCAGAGCAAAUCAAUCCCAUGGGUUUGGUCCAGCCAGCAAAUGCCAUCCUUUAUGACUUUUACAACCCAGAUAGAAAGUGCAGUGUGUUCUACAGUGCCCCCAGGCACAGCACCAUGCUGUCAAAGGUGUGCAACGACAAGGUGUGCCAGUGUGCAGAAGGUCCCUGCCCAAGACAAAGAUCAACUUUCAGUAAAUCCCUAACACCAAACACACGUGUUAGUUUUGUCUGCUACGAUCCUAUUGUGGAUUAUGUGUAUGAAGUGGAGAUCCUCAGCAGUACACAGAAGAAUGUUUUUGAUUACUAUGAGGCCAAAAUCCACAGGAUCCUUAAAGCCACUGCUGAUGAGAGCAUCCAAGUGGGUGCGCACCGACAGUUCCUGAAGCGCUCCGCAUGCAGGUUAAAGGUGGUCCCUGGCAAACGGUACCUCCUGAUGGGGAAAGAUGGGAAACUGGUUGACUGCAACAACCAGAUGCAGUACUUCCUUGAUGCACAAACCUGGGUCGAGAAAAUUCCAGGGGACAGUGAGUGCCGCACCACCCUGCACCGGCAAGCCUGUGCUGACCUGCAGGACUUCAUGAGCAAGGAUGACAACCUCUGCCUCUUCUGAAGGGCUCCUCUGCUCCCCACAUCCUAUCCGUGGGACUGGGACUUGGAUUCUUCCCAAAAUUUUCUUGCAAUGUCCAUCUUUUUGGGCUUCAGCAGCAGAGCAGCACCUGAGGCUCUGCAGAGCUGCUUCUAUUGCUAUCUGUUUUGCUGAUUGGGGCAUCUUCUCGCAGAUGUAUGGGGGAGGAGGGUGUAAUACAACAAAAAAUUGCAGUUACUCUGCUAGUUAUUGUUCUUAUUGUCCCUGACACGGGUGAAGAGACAGCAGGAAUUUGUGUCUCCCUGGUCAAUUAUACAACGAUGCAAUUAUCUGGCAGGGGAUCAAAUAAAAAAUCAUUGGGUUCACAGGGCCUCUUAAUUCCAGCAGCCACUAUGAUACUAUCAAUGGAAAACCAAAACAA